UUCACCUGCCAAUGAUACACAUUUCUGCUCUUGCAGCUGCGAGUUUCCUGAAGAGGGACUACAUCCUGGAGGAUGGUCAGUACGCUGCUACGUUCAUGAACAUGAAGACACUGACGUACGUGGCUGUCAACACGGAAUCACACGUUUACUUGUGUGAACUAGCCGGUGACCCUCCGUCAUGCAGACAUCCUUGUCUCUUCAUUUUGCAGACACCGGGAAGAAUACAGCUCCUCCCUACUGAGACUCCAGGAAAGUACCUCGGGUACAGAGGCAGCGUGGUUGAGGUGACAGAUGACAUCUCCUCAUUCAACAUGUUGCCCGCAUCCAGUGACACACCAGUGGCUGACCAUCACAUUGUCAGGGUUCGGAGACUGAAGACAACUACCUCGAGGGUUGAGCCUGAGUCGUCUUCUGAAGAUUUCGACAUGGCCGGCGACCAUCACAUCCACGAGACCAAUGGCGGAAAUUCAUGUCCACCCAUCUCCCCGCCCAGGAACACCACGAGAGUUCUCUCAACAGCCACCUGUGUGGUUUCACACGGUUAAGCUGAAAACAACUGAUGAGAAUAGAGAUAAGUAGGAAACAUAGACUUCCAGCUUCACAGAUGUGAUAAAUGUCGUAGAGACCCAAUGUGCAGAGCAGGGCGAACGAAUGCAUCGUCGAGUGCCCCGGAUGUAAACACCU